AUGAAGUUCUUCAGCAUCCUCGUCGCAGUGGCGCCGGCCGCCCUCGUCUCGGCUGCCGACUUUUACGUCGCUACCACCGGCUCGGACACCGCCGCCGGUAGCCUCGCCGCCCCCUUCAAGUCCAUCCAGGUUGCCGUUAACAAGGCCGCCGCUGGCGACACCAUUUACCUCCGUGGAGGCACCCACAAGCCGACGACGAACAUUCAGAUCACCAAGAGCGGUACCGCUGCCAAGCCUUACACGGUGACGGCUUACAACAGCGAGAACGUCAUCAUUGAUGGCGAGGCCCUCACCGGUACCCCGGCUGCCCUCAACGCCGCCCUUGCCAACAAGGACCGUGGUAUCUUCCACAUUGAGAAGGCCAACUACUGGAAGUUCUACAAGCUCACCUUCAUCAAUGGGCCCUACGGCGUCUACGUCCGUGACGGCACGAACCACUACUUUGAGCGUAUCACCACCCAUGACAACUACGAGACUGGCUUCCCCAUGGAGGGCGCCCUGUCCAACAACCAGGUCGUCUACCUCGACUCCUACCGCAACCGUGACCCUCGCAAGAACGGCGAGAGCGCCGACGGUUUCGCUCUGAAGCAGGGUUCCGGCACGGGCAACGUUCUUCGCGGCGCCCGCCUCUGGGAGAACGUUGACGACGGUCUUGACUUCUGGGAGUUCAAGGACCGUGUCACCGUCACUGACACGAUCGCCUGGGGCAACGGCGUCAACCGCUGGAACUUCUCCCCCUUCGCCGGCGACGGCAACGGUUUCAAGCUCGGCGGUCUCCCCUCAGGCAGCACCGGCAACGCCGACCACAUUGUCAACAACUGCAUCGCCUUUGGCAACGCCGCCAAGGGCUUCACCGACAACAAGCAGACGGGCACCUUCCUCUUCACGCGCAACACGGCCUACAACAACGGCGCCGUCGGCUUCCAGACCUCGGCCGCCAAGGCCACGUUCCAGAACAACAUUGCGGCCCGCAACUCCAAGACGACGGCCCAGUCCGGCCAGACGUCGCUCAAGAGCGCUACCAGCACGGGCAACUCGUGGAACAGCAGCCCCGUCUGGACCGACGCCAGCUUCAAGAGCGUCGACGUCUCGCUCGUCAAGGGCGCCAGGCAGGCCAACGGCAAGAUUGUCGCCAGCAACUUCCUGCUGCCCGCCUCGGGCGGCAACAUUGGUGCCACCACCAACUGGCAGUAA